CCGGCGCUGCUUUCCGGCCGUCCGUUGCUACGUUGCGCGUUCGGUGCACGCGGCGUUCAAGCUGCCGGUUCUGCUGUUUGACAUGGACUCCCUAUACGUGUCGUCCCACCCUGAUGACUUCAGGAGUUUGCUCACCCUGAUUGCGGCUGAAUUCUCCCCGUCCCGCCCGAGGACCCUCGCGGAGGAGCCCCCGGCGGGAGUAGCCCGGUGUCGCCCUGCGCUGCUGCUGGGGGACGGCAGGGACACGCCGCUGUGUGGCGCCGGCGCUGUCGCCUGGUACCUGGCAUCGGUAGGCCGCAGGACAGGCAGCGAUGCCCAGCAGGAGAGCGAGGUGUGGCAGUGGCUGAGCUUUGCUGAGAACGAGCUCACUCCAGUGGCCUGUGCGGUGGUCUUCCCUCUGUUAGGGGUGAUGGGAGUCGACAGAAAGCUGCAGCACAGUUCAAAGGCAGAGCUUCUACGCGUUCUGAAGGUUCUAGAUCAGGUUCUAGAACCACGGACGUUCCUGGUCGGAGAGAGCUUGUCUCUGGCAGAUAUGGCUGUUGCUAUGGCUGCGCUGCUGCCUUUCAAAUAUGCACUGGAGCCGACAGACAGGAAAACACUGGUGAAUGUGAGCAGGUGGUUUGAUACGUGCGUGAAUCAGCCUCAGUUUCUGAAGGUGUUGGGCAAAAUAUCCCUCUGUGAAAAGAUGGUCCCCGUGACUCCCAAAUCUAGCUUAACUGCCAACACUGCUGCAGCAGCAAACAACACUGCUCCCAACAGCACACCUGUCAAUGGUCCACCGAAGACAGAAGCUCAGCUAAAGAAAGAGGCUAAAAAGCGAGAGAAGAUGGAGAAAUUCCAGCAGAAGAAAGAGAUGGAGGAGAAGAAGAAGAAGAAGCAGAUGCAGUCUCAGACUGAGAAAAAGGCCAAACCAGAGAAGAAGGAACUGGGAGUGAUUACAUACAACGUUCCUACUCCGGCCGGAGAGAAAAAAGAUGUGCUGAGCUCUCUGCCUGAUUCAUACAGUCCGCAGUACGUGGAGGCAGCCUGGUACUCGUGGUGGGAAAAACAGGGAUUCUUCAAACCUGAGUAUGGGCGGAAGAGCCUCAGCGAGCCAAACCCUCGUGGAAUCUUCAUGAUGUGUAUUCCUCCACCUAAUGUGACCGGGUCUCUUCAUUUGGGCCACGCCUUGACCAAUGCCAUCCAGGACUGCUUGACCAGAUGGCACAGGAUGAGAGGGGAGACCACGCUGUGGAACCCUGGCUGUGAUCACGCUGGCAUCGCAACCCAGGUGGUGGUGGAGAAGAAGCUGAUGAGAGAGAGAGGGAUGAGCCGACACGACCUCGGGCGAGAGAACUUCAUCCAGGAGGUCUGGACGUGGAAGAAUGAAAAGGGAGAUCGUAUCUACCACCAGCUGAAGAAACUCGGCUCUUCUCUGGACUGGGAUAGAGCGUGUUUCACCAUGGAUCCUAAACUGUCAUAUGCUGUUCAGGAGGCUUUCAUUCGUAUGCAUGACGAGGGAGUGAUCUACAGGAGCAAAAGGCUGGUCAACUGGUCCUGCACGCUCAACUCUGCCAUCUCUGACAUAGAGGUGGAUAAGAAGGAGCUGACAGGCAGAACUCUGCUUCCUGUGCCAGGCUAUAAGGAGAAGGUAGAGUUUGGAGUGCUGGUGUCUUUCUCCUAUAAGAUCGAGGGAUCAGAUGAGGAGGUAGUCGUGGCGACCACACGUAUCGAGACCAUGUUAGGAGAUACAGCUGUGGCGGUCCACCCCGACGACCCCAGAUACCAGCACCUGAAGGGAAAGGUGGCACUUCACCCGUUCUGUGACCGUAAACUGCCCGUUGUCUUCGAUGACUUUGUGGACAUGAAUUUUGGAACAGGUGCGGUAAAGAUCACCCCAGCUCAUGACCACAACGACUACGAGGUGGGCGAGAGACACAAACUUCCCUUCGUCAACAUCCUGGACGAGAACGGCUUCCUUAUCAACGUUCCUCCUCCAUUCCUGGGUAUGAAGCGUUUUGAGGCGAGGAAAGCUGUGCUGCAGGCCCUGAAGGACAGAGGCCAGUUCAAGGAGGUUAAAGAUAACCCCAUGGUGGUGCCUGUGUGCAGCCGUUCUAAGGACAUUGUGGAGCCGCUGCUGAAGCCGCAGUGGUACGUUGACUGUAGAGACAUGGGGAAGCAGGCUGCAGACUCGGUUAGAAGCGGCGAGCUAAAGAUUAUCCCUGAUCACCACCUGAAAACCUGGUUCAACUGGAUGGACAACAUCAGGGACUGGUGUAUUUCCCGUCAGCUGUGGUGGGGCCACAGGAUCCCAGCAUAUUUCAUUACAGUAAAUGACCCAUCUGUCAAGCCAGGAGAGGAUGUGGAUGGUCAUUACUGGGUCAGUGGGCGGUCAGAGGAAGAAGCUAGAGAGAAGGCAGCGAAGCGCUUCAAUGUCACUGCAGACAAAAUCUCCCUGCGCCAGGAUGAGGAUGUGUUGGAUACCUGGUUUUCCUCAGGAAUCUUUCCAUUUUCCAUCUUUGGUUGGCCAAAUGAAUGUGAGGACCUGAAUGUGUUCUACCCAGGCACUCUUCUGGAGACGGGUCAUGAUAUCCUGUUCUUCUGGGUGGCCCGAAUGGUCAUGAUGGGCCUCAAACUCACAGGAAAACUCCCAUUCAAAGAGGUGUAUCUGCACGCUGUGGUGAGGGAUGCCCAUGGCAGAAAGAUGAGCAAGUCUCUGGGUAACGUCAUCGACCCCCUGGACGUCAUUACAGGAAUCUCUCUGGAGGGACUCCAUGCUCAGCUGAAGGACAGCAAUCUGGACCCAGUGGAGAUUGAGAAGGCCAAAGAGGGACAGAAAUCUGACUAUCCCAGUGGGAUUCCAGAGUGUGGAACAGAUGCCCUCAGGUUUGCCCUGUGUGCCUACACUAGCCAAGGAAGGGACAUUAAUCUGGACGUAAACCGGAUUCUGGGCUACAGGCAUUUUUGCAAUAAGCUGUGGAAUGCUGUGAAGUUUGCCAUGAGGACUCUGGGCGAGAGCUUUGUGCCCUGGGAGAAAGUCCAGCUGUGUGGCAGCGAAAGUGUGGCUGAUAGGUGGAUUUUGUCGCGACUGUGUGCUGCUGUCGCUCUGUGUGGGAACGGAUUCCAAGCCUACGAUUUCCCAGCAAUCACUACUGCCAUCUACAACUUCUGGCUCUACGAGCUCUGUGAUGUCUAUCUGGAAAGUGUGAAGCCAGUGUUCAGCAGGACGGACGCUGAGGCUCAGAAACAGGCCGAGGUUUGCAGGCAGACCCUCUACACCUGUCUGGAGGUGGGGCUCCGUCUCCUGUCCCCAAUCAUGCCCUUUGUUACCGAGGAGCUCUUCCAGCGGUUGCCACGGAGACAGCCUCAAGACAGCCCUCCCAGCAUCUGCGUCACCUCCUACCCAGAAAGCUCAGAGUUUUGCUGGCACAGUGAGGAGAUCGACCGCGAGAUGGAGUUUGUGAUGACCGUGGUCCGAACCAUUCGAUCCCUCAGGGCCGACUACAACCUCACCAAGACCCGCGCUGACUGUUAUCUGCAGUGUAUAGACUCUGCUACAGUGUCUCUGGUGGAGAAAUACAGUCUGCAGAUCCAAACUCUCUCCUACUCUCAGGCCAUCCACCCUGUUAUCGGGGGUGACGGUACUAUCCCAGUGGGCUGUGCAGUGGCUAUAGCCUCUGAUAAAUGCAGCGUCCAUCUCAUGCUGAAGGGCUUGAUUGAUUUAGAUAAGGAAGUGGCCAAACUGACAACGAAGCAGGGUGACCUGGAGAAACAGAUGGAGAAACUGGAGGAGAAGAUGAAAAAGAGUGAUUACAGAGAGAAAGUUCCAGCGAAGGUGCAGGACCUGGAUGCUGAGAAGUUGAGGCAGAGUCAGACAGAGCUGCAGAAAGUGAAGGAAGCCAUCGAGAACUUCAGAAGAAUGAUGUAAGAGAUCCUCCCCUCGUCCUUUGUUAUAUUUUUACACACUGAUGGUUUAGCGCCCUGUAUGUGUGAUCGACGUGCAUCCUUGCACAUCCUUAAACUGUCUUUAUGGGGAAGAUUAAAUAAAUACUAUUGUUAGCUUGUA